AUCAAACUAACAAGUAACAACAAUCAUUUUUUCUAUUUUAUUUGAUGAAAAGGGAAAUAGUUUGGUGAUUUCUCGUAAAGAUGUUUAAGAAAAUGGAUAAAAAAGCAGCGCAGAGAAUUGCGAUGGAAUACAGAGCUAUGAUCUCGAAAGAAUCUUUGUUCAGUAUUGGUCAAAACUCGAACAAUAUAUACGAAUGGACUGCAGUGAUCCGGGGUCCAGAUGGCACUCCCUAUGAAGGUGGCAUGUUUAAUCUCAGUAUUAAGUUUCCUACGGAUUAUCCUUUUAAACCACCCAAGUUUACGUUUAAAACUCCGAUUUACCAUCCAAAUAUCAAUGAUGAAGGAUCGAUUUGCAUGAACAUUCUUAAAGACAAAUGGACUCCUGCUCUUAUGGUUGAAAAGGUGCUUCUGUCAAUACUUUUACUAUUGGAAAAACCAAACCCAGAUGAUCCUCUUGUACCUGAAAUUGGACAGCUCUUCAAGAAUAACAGAUUCCAAUUUGACCAGAGAGCUCGAGAAUUCACUGCUCGACAUGCUAAUAAUUAAAAUUUAUAAAAUUAUUUAUCUUACUUUCGAAGUUUGUCAUAUCGUAUUUAUUAUACAUAAACAGCUUCCUAUCCUAUGCUAUUGUCGACAUCUUUUCUAUUAUAAAUAAAAGUCACAUUCUUCGAUUA